GUUUGGAUCAUUUGGAUUUGGUUCUUCUUCAUUACUCAAUUCGGCAUACAGAUUUGUGAUUAGACAAAAAACACCGGUUUAAAAAAUCAAUUUCGUUCGGAUAUAUUUUAAAAGAAAAUGAAUUAUUUCACACACGAGUUCGUCGAAGGGCAUCGUCGAGGUUCCAGAUUACUCUGGGUUCCUGAAGAAAAAUACCUCUAUUUCAAAAAGGAUGACCGGAGUGGAAAAACAAUAUAUCUCUGCUACGAAAAUCAAUUGCAAAAUGAGCAAAUAUGUUCAUCUCGUCGUUCAAUUGAUUCGGAGGGAACAAUGACAACAAAUUCAAUCCCUCAUUCAUGUCAUUCUAAUCACCAGGCUGUCCAUGACAAACUGAAAUUAAGAUCGCACAUUAUUGAUUCUUGUGAACACGCAGCGCAUGCACUGGAAGAUCUUCAUUUCACCAUUCCCACGCAACAGAUUUUUACUCGAGAGGUUGCCAAACAACCGCUUGGGGCAACAAGUUUGAGCUACAAUAGCAUUUCGCGAACUUUGCGUCGACAUGUUAAUAAAAAGUAUCCGUCGAAACCGGAUACUUUAGCGAAAAUCAUAGCAGCAUAUGCUGACCCUACAACAAUGCUGCAGUAUGGCUUCAACUUGAGAGAUACGCAUCGGUUUUAUGUCGACACAAUUGAUAAAAAAAGAGGUGGUUUUACUAUUUUCGCUUCGAAUGAAGUGAUGCGAAUGAUCGACGAAAAUAUUCCACCUGAGAAUCGAAAAUAUAUGUUGGACGGCACGUUCGCUGUGGCUCCACUCGGCAGUUUCUACCAAUUGCUCAUUAUUGCCAUAGAUUAUAAAAAAGAUUUGUUUCCGAUAGUCUACGUAUUAAUGACGGACAAAGAAGCAGCGUCGUAUCAAGCUGUAUUUGAAUAUAUUGAAACGCAUAUAUUUAAACUUCAACCAGCCGAAUUUAUGGCCGAUUUCGAAACUGGUUUGAGGGCUGCGAUCCAAAGAUACUACCCUGAAGCAUCUCUCCACGGAUGUUGGUAUCAUUAUUGUUCGAGUAUCCGCCGGCGCCUUAUGACUCUUGAUAUGCAUCAAGUCAUAACUGAUGAUCCUUCAGGAAUAGAAAUUCAUAGGAUGUGUUUGAGCUUACCGUUACUGCCUCAAGCAUGCAUUCUAGAGGGUUUCAACGUGGUUCAAAGAACGGCACGAGAAAAAGGACUUUAUAGUGAAUUCAAAAGUUUUUUAAAUAUUUCAAUGACUUUUGGAUGCAUUUGAAUAACACCAGUUCGCUGUCUGUGGCAUUUUUGGCAAACCGAACGUCAUCUCCUUUGGAAUCACUAAACUCCAUACUCACUCGAUCAAUCGCAAAAAAAACUCAUUUUUUUCGCUUUGUCGGCCGUCUGAAGCUGUUUGAAAGUAAAAAAGCUCACGACAUGUCGCUCGCAAUAAACAGUCGAGACUAUAGGCCGUCAAACAGAAAGCAUCACCAACGAAACGAAAAAAUCAUUGAAAUCACGAAAAUGCUCGACGAGGGAAAAAUUGACGUGGAACAAUUCUUGGAAGAAAUGUCCAAUGAUCGAAAUCGUUACGUCCACGAAUAUUACGAUCCGGAAUUAGAUUCAGAUUCCGAAGAAUCAUCCCAAUGUGGAUAUGAUGAAGAGUCCGAUAGCAAUUAAAAUAAAGUUGUACACGCAGAGAGCUAAUUCCCAUUUUCGGCAGAUUUUAGUCUUUCGAAUCCUCGUUAGCAUGUUUUUUUUUGAUUUCGAACGUUUUUUCUGAAUAAAAU